AUCACCUUGUCAUUAUUUAUCAAUCACAAUUACAAGUGCCAGCAAAAAAUAAAUAAUUACGCCAUUUAAAUAUUGGUAAAGCAUCUAAAACUCCAAACAAGUCUAAUAUAUUUUUUGCCAACUUGUUAGACCGGUCAAAGGUCGCUGAUACUUCGAUAAAAUAAAUAAUUAUAAAAAUUAAAUCGAUCUGCAAAUCAGAAAUAAAAGUGUCUACAAGUAUCCAAAGUCCAAUCAAGGCGUUUGCUUAUUUAUCGUUAAUUUAUCACUUAUUUCUAUUCCGAAAAUUAGGAAAAAUAUUCCAGAGGUAUCGUGUUUAAUUUGCCACGGCUUUUGAUUAUUCAGUGGAUAAUUGUGUAAUUAAUAUUUACAUUCCGAAAAAAUGAUUCGAAGAGACCCAGUGUACGUCGUGGGAGUAGGGAUGACAAAGUUUGAAAAGCCUGGAACCCGUGAUGACUUCGACUAUCCGGAAAUGGUGAAAGAGUCGGUAACAAAAGCGCUGCAAGACGCUAGAGUGCCGUACGACUCAAUAAAAGGGGCAGCGGUUGGCUACGUGUAUGGCGACUCAACCUGUGGGCAGCGCGCCCUCUACGAAGUGGGCCUGACGGGAUGCCCGAUCUUCAACGUGAACAACAAUUGCUCGACUGGCGCCUCGGCACUGAUGGUUGCCAAACAGAUGAUAGAGUCUGGGCGCGCUGACUGCGCCCUCGCAGUUGGCUUCGAAAAAAUGGAACGUGGCUCGCUGACCUCCAAGUUCCUCGACCGGACCAACCCCAUGGACAAGCACGUGGGACUCAUGUCCGAGCUGGCCGGAAUCUCCGACGGACCAAUCACUGCCCAGUUGUUCGGCAACGCCGCCAUUGAACACAUGGAAAAAUUCGGAACUAAGCCCGAGCAUUUUGCCAAGAUUGCUUAUAAAAAUCAUCUUCAUUCCGUCAAUAAUCCCUAUUCACAAUUUAGGGAUAAAUACAGCCUCCAGGAAAUUCUCAAGGCCCCGAAAGUCUUUGGCCCUUUGACCAAGCUUCAGUGCUGCCCAACUUCAGAUGGCAGCGCCGCCGUUGUCCUGGCCAAUGAGCAGUUUGUCAGGAAACACAAUUUGCAAAAACAGGCUGUGGAAAUUUUGGCUAUGGAGAUGACUACUGACACGCCAUCUACUUUUGCGGAAAAAAGCAGUAUUAAGCUUGUUGGGUACGAUAUGACAAAAAACGCCGCGGAGAAAGUCUUUAGCUCGGUUUGCUACAAACCUUCCGACGUAGAUGUUAUCGAGUUGCACGACUGCUUCUCAGCAAACGAGCUGAUAACUUACGAAGCCCUUGGACUUUGCGCUCCAGGUCAAGCAGCCCAGCUGAUCGACUCCGGGAACACCACCUACGGCGGGAAGUACGUGAUCAACCCCAGCGGGGGCCUGAUCUCCAAGGGUCACCCUCUAGGAGCAACCGGGCUGGCCCAGUGCGCUGAACUCUGCUGGCAAUUGCGUGGCGAAGCUGGAAAGCGCCAAGUUCCUGGAGCUAAGCUCGCUUUGCAGCACAACAUCGGCCUAGGAGGCGCUGUGGUCGUCGCGUUGUACAAACUAGGCUUCGUUGGCGGUCCCCAGAUGAAUUUCAUCAGCGGAAAAGUUUCUCCAGAGAAGUUCCAGGCGAACAAAGUCUUCAAAGUGUUUGAAGUCGCGAUGCAGGAUGACGAAGACGGGCUCAUUGAAAAGUUCCGCGGAGUUUAUGGAUUCAAGAUCAUCAACGGACCUGGGGGUGCUGAGGGCUACUGGAUCAUCAAUGCUAAGGCUGGCAAGGGCAAGGUCGAAUUCGAGGGCAAGGAAAAACCCGAUGUUGUCUUUACUAUUAGCGACACUGAUAUUGUUGACUUCAUUUCUGGAAAGUUGAACCCCCAGCAGGCUUUCUUCCAGGGGAAGAUCAAGAUCAAGGGCAACAUGGGCCUCGCUAUGAAGCUUCCGGACCUUCAGAAGCGCGCUGCUAAAAAAAUUGAACUGCUCAAGGCUAAAUUGUAGGCACCUAGGGAUUUCUGGUUAAGGUUCAGCGGGAGUUUUAGAGUUUUAUUUCUACUGUUCUAGGAAAUUUUUCAGGUUUUAUACAAUUGUUAUGUAAUUUUUUUAUAAAUAAAGAGGGCUAGGAUUUUA